GUGGUAUUGCUGUGCAUUGCUGUUACGGGUGUGUUGUUUGAGUUACGGUUAUACGUAACAAGAAGGAUUGUAGCUAAAUUGGACUGUGUAAGUUGAACAUUUCAUCAAGGCAAUGUGGACAUUACGUCAACGUUGGAUCGACUGGUGAACACUUAGAGAUACUACCACCAUGACGUGCACCAACUUCCCCCCCCUGCCGCCCUCAACGCCCGCAUGGUGAGGAAUGGCAACAUCGUCGACUACUACUGUGCCGCAGGCUUCUCCAUGACUUCAGGUUCCCUCAGAGCCACGUGUGUGAACCCCAACACCUGGUACCCUGACACGCCCCCCGUGUGUACAGUUAUCAAAACUACCCCGGAUGACGUUGUACCGCUGUGGGUCCCCAUAACGUGCGCCAUCCUUCUCUCACUGAUCGCGGCGACGUGUCUCGCCCUCGCCUGCUACUACUGCUGCUGCCGCGGAAGAUGCUGCGCUAACUAUAACAGAAUCAGAGCUUCCACGGCCAGCAUCCAUGACGACGGUUACUAUGACAACAAGGGUCACUAUGGCAACCAGCAGUACAAAGGAGAUGGUUACUAUUAUGACGAUAGAUAUACUUACAGGAAGAGUGAGCCAGGGCGGAAUCAUGACGGGCCAUAUAUCAUUCCUGUCAGUAACAGACAACACCAGUACCCUCUGAACAGAUCCUAUGUGGAAUAUGUUACACGUGAACCACAAAAGCAGAAACCGAAACCGUACAGCCACAUCCCUUCCAAGGUGCGAACCACGCCCACAUCCACCACCCCACGUGUUGAUGUUGUCCACGUGGUCCAACUCACCAAUGGUCAACUCGUCCCAAUGGACAAGUACCUGAGGGAACAUCCUGGAGCCCGUCUGGAGACCCUGGGGGAUAGGGACGUGGUGUAUUCCCCGACAAACAAGACUGAAAAUAAACCAAGACUCGCAUGGAAGACUAAUGUAAGUAGUAACAAGAAGACUCCCCCACCUCCUGUUGUAGCGUCACGUGACAGCAACUCCACCGACCCCGUCGUUGUCACCGUGAUGAACGACCUGAACUACAACCAUCCCGAAAAGGAGAAGGACAAGAAACCAAAGGCGGCCAGUAAGAAGAUCCCUCUCCAGCCACAACAGCCUAGUCACGUGAUCGGGAUCAACACACAAGCUGGCGCGGCUAGACGGCCACGGGAAGAAGACGUUAAGCCACCGAGAGAAAGGAAAGAUAAAUCCACGAAAGAAGUGGAGGAAAACAACUCGAAAGUCGGCAACGACCACCAUCCGGACAACGACACCAAGGACGACAGGGGUUCAAAAAGAGACGACGACGAUGAUAGCGGCAUUAAUAAUGAGUCAGAGCCAGGAGAGCCAAUCAGAGCGCAAUACGUCAGAUCCGGUAGCACCCUGGACUUUGACCUUGACCUUGAAGACAACAAUACACCACCCCAUGGUACUAGACCAGAGUUCAAGAGACACGCCUUCGCUGUGUUAGAUCACAACAGGACGAAACGGGCCAGGGAAUUCCCUGCCUGGAGACCCCACGCCAACCCGGUCCGAAACAUCAACACAAGCACCCAGUGAUGACGUUAUAAAACUAUAAGGCAUCCGGUGGAAUAUCGAAGAGUUAUCAUGCGAAAAGCUAGUAUAAAUAUGGAACACCUAAUCUUGUUGAUAGAUGUACGACACGUUCUGGUAGUUGUACCAGCGGACCUUAUGACACCGUGUGUAGAUUUAUGAAGGUGUCGUGGGCAAUUAUGUAUGUACGAAGCGGUUGAAAAGUACAUAGAGCCUCUAAGGUUUUAGGAUUUUAAGCAGGUGUAGACAAUCUCGCACAAUAACAGUAUUAGAUGUGUUAGACGCUUUAAAGGAGCUAGCGUUUGACUUUUUAAGGGGUUUUGGCUUUAGAUCUUUAGGUACUAUACUUUAGAGUCCUAAUCUCGCAUAAGUGAUGAGUGAGUGGGUCAUUUCAGUUUUACGCCGCACUCAGCAAUAUUCCGGUUAUAUGACGGCGGUCUGUAAAUAA